AUGUCUGCUGAUCCUGAGACUGCGGAUCUGCCCGACGUAGCUCUUCUGAUCAAGGAGCCGUGGAUCACUCGCAUCCUUGACGGCGGCAAAAUCUGGGAGAUGCGGAGCUCUCGCUGCCUGCGUCGUGGCCGGAUCGCGCUAGCAUGCUCGGGUACAGGGUUGCUUUAUGGCGAGGUCGACGUCUUGGACUGUCUUGCGGUGGGCGCACUGGACGCAGGCGGAACUCUGGUCGCGAAUGGCCGCCACACAGACUUCAUGAUGCUGCCGCAGAACAUGGCGAAGCACGGUUUGACCGUCGCCGACAUCCAAGCGUUCAACUACCAACGUUGGUGGGCCUGGGUGUUAGGGUCGCCCCGCUGGUACGAGGAGCCCAAGCCGUACUCGCAUCCAGUGGGAGCAGUGAAGUGGGUCAAACUUCAAGCCGCGACGCAGCCAUGCGAGCCGGCACAGAAAUCGCCGCUGCUGGGCCACCCGAGCCGGCAGCAGCUGCGGUGUCGUGUCUGGGGUGCGGGCGGCUCUUCGGCGUGCUUCGUCAUCUACAGACGGACAGGAAGCGUGCUGGAGAGUACUGCGGCAUUCUGUAUAAUGCUACAGUGGUGCUCCGAGGGAGAUGCGUGCGUGAGCGAAAAGGUUCUUCUCGUCUCGAUCUUCUUUCACAUAGACGACUUCUUGCAUUUGUGCAUGGAGCUACCGUGCUGCACAUGUCGGUGCAUAUGCUACUGCACUCUCUCUGCAGUCCGUGUUCCGGGCGGGACGUUCACCGCCACGGGGAGGGAGGUGGACAGCAUUGGCUGGGUCGCUUCCUUUGCGCUUUUCUGUUGGCUGUACCUGCCGCAGCCGCCUGCUGUUCAAAGCUCUUGCCGUGGCUUCAUGAUGCAGGACGAGUGUCUGAGCCCCGUCACCGCCUGCCAUGCCUGCCCCGGCGAAGUGCGGCUCCAGGUCGCGCAGACGCGCACCAGGGUUCACGGGAUUUGCUACGCACGGGGGCUGGUCAUCUUCCACGUGCGCAGCAAGGUCUGUCCAUCCUGCCGCCGUGUUUCGGGGCUGCUGGGCCUGUCCUCCGGAUAA